GGCCGUAGUCAUGUUGGCCGCCAUCGCCGCAUCGUCAGUCCGCGACAGUGUUCUGAGCGCGUCGUUCUGUGCCUCCCGCCGGUGCCCCCGUGCCAUGUGCCUGUCGAGAGAGCGGAAGCACGCCACUGCCCGCUGCCCCCUGUGAAGACGUCGCGACGCCACUCUGUUUCCGUACUCCGGGUGCAGCAGUGCCGCCACAGUGGAUAUGUACGCGUAUGCCGGGGGCGGCCCCCCGCACUAUGCGCCGCCCCCCACCUACCUCCAGCCCCAUCCGCCGCCGCCACACCACCCCCAAGUCGCGCCCGUGCCCAUGGGCCAGGAGCCCACGCCGGUCGCGCACUACUCCAAGAGGCGAAGGUCAGAUGAAGACGACCCAAGCGGCAACAAAUACACAAGGAUGGAAGACGACACAAUACAAGACAAGGAGCGUUUUGCAAGCAACUUACUGUAGGGAGAAUCAUUGCGAAAUUGAACGCCGGAGGCGGAACAAGAUGACGGCCUACAUCACGGAGCUGUCGGACAUGGUGCCCACCUGCAGCGCCCUCGCAAGGAAGCCCGACAAGCUCACGAUCCUCCGGAUGGCCGUAGCCCACAUGAAGGCCCUCCGAGGGACGGGCAAUACCAGUGCUGAUGGAACGUACAAACCUUCAUUCCUGACCGAUCAGGAAUUGAAGCAUCUUAUUUUAGAAGCUGCCGACGGGUUUUUAUUCGUUGUAAGCUGUGAUACCGGAAGAGUAAUAUAUGUUUCCGAUUCAGUCGCUCCUGUUCUUAAUUACUCACAGAGCGACUGGUACGGGUCCUGCUUAUACGACAACAUCCACCCUGAAGACGUCGAAAAAGUCCGAGAACAGUUGUCGACGCAAGAACCUCAAAACACGGGGAGAAUCCUCGAUUUGAAGACUGGUACAGUCAAGAAAGAGGGGCACCAAUCCUCGAUGCGCCUCUGUAUGGGCUCUCGUAGGGGUUUCAUUUGCCGCAUGAAAGUCGGAAACCUGACGCCCGAAAACAUGGCCGUGGGCCACUUGAAUAGAUUGAAGCAACGAAAUAGUUUAGGGCCUGGGAGGGACGGUCAGAAUUACGCCGUCGUUCACUGUACAGGCUAUAUAAAAAACUGGCCGCCCACAGACAUGUUCACAGGAGUGCAAAUGGAGCGCCAGACCGAGGACGAGAUCCACACUUCGCAUUGCUGUCUUGUUGCCAUAGGGCGCCUCCAAGUGACCUCAACUCCCAACACUAGUGACCUGUCAGGAUCAAACAGUGCGGCCGAGUUCAUCUCGCGACAUUCCAUGGACGGCAAAUUUAGUUUCGUCGAUCAACGAGUCAUCGGUUUGCUGGGCUACUCCCCGCCCGAACUCUUAGGAAAGAGCUGCUUCGAGUUCUUUCAUCCCGAGGAUCAAACUCAUAUGAAAGACAGUUUCGAACAAGUUCUGAAGCUAAAGGGACAAGUCCUGUCCGUCAUGUACAGAUUCCGAGCCAAAAACAGGGAAUGGGUGUGGUUGCGCACCAGCGCUUUCGCCUUCCUCAACCCCUACACCGACGAUGUUGAGUACAUCGUCUGUACAAACACCACGGCGAAAUCGCUACACAGUGGCCAAGAGGGCACCACUGAAACCGAGCAAGUUGCCUAUCAGCAGCCGGGGCUUGAUUACAGCUUGCAGCGCAGAGACGCGGGACUCUACUCGCACAUGCUGCCCUCUACACACAUUCAAAACCCUCAGCAGACGGCGCGCCCUAGCAGCGGCCAGAAUGUAUAUAGCAACUACGAGCCGACGGCGUCCCCCAUCGCCUACGGCUCGCCGCAAGCCACCGCGAGCAGCAGCAGCGCCGGGGUGUUGGGCCGCCUGACCAAGGGCAGCACCACGAGCCCGACGCCCGCCGCCGCGGCUUGGACGCUGCGCCAGGCGCAACCGGCGGCCGACGGGUACCAGUACAACCAGCCCAGCCCGCGGUCCCCCGGCCCCACCUACACGCAGCUGAGUGGCGGGUCGCGGGCCAGCGCCGCCCCCGGCCCCUCCUACCAGUGGAACGCCUGGCAGGGCAGCUCCAGCCAGACCUCGGAGUCGGGGGGGCCCGGCUCGAGCGGCUCGGGGCCGCCCCCGCAACCGCAGCCCCACGAGCUCAGCGACAUGCUGCAGAUGCUCGAUCAAGGGGGCGCCGCUUCGUUUGAGGAUUUGAACAUGUUCAACACUACCUUCGAGUAGUUAUAUUUUAUCGUGCAACUUCAGCAAUUGUUUUUGAACUGAUUAUAAGACCCAUUGUAAUUUUUUCUUUUUGUUAUUGGAUGUAUUGUCAAUGUAGUGCUAAAGUGUAUUUAUUUUGUAAAUUAAACAAUACGAUUUUAGUACACUUA